AAUUAAAAAUUUUCAAAUGUUAACCAAUAAAAUCGAAAGAAGUGACGUCCAGUUGAGUGGUUGAGUCAUUUACGAAUUCAACGAACAAUUUUAACAAAUUAAGUUCAAAACGAUUGUAAUGUGAAGCCACUAUCUCAUAAACACAUUCACAGCAAUUUGUGUGGGUUCUAACCUUGGUAACAGUUUUGCGUUAUUGCGUGAAUUCAACAAUGUUUGGGGCUAAGAAAAGCGAGAAAACAAAGCGGGACCAUUCCGGGAGGAAUUUGUCACAGUAUGGGUUGUUUGAUGUAUCAGCUGAUUUUAACCUAGACGGGGGGCUAAUGGACGGUGGUCUCGACAAUGAGAAUGAUAGUGAUUUGGAAGCCGAAUUGGCGGCGUUGACUCAAGGGGGCGGCGGCAAACCCAAACGUCCCCCAAGGAAGAAGGUUCCUGAUGCGGAUUUAGACGCAAUGGUUGCUGAAAGUAUGAAGGAUAUACCUUCAGACGAGGAGCUGUCAGGGGAUGACGAUGAUCCAGAACUCUUAAAUGAGCUAAGCAACAUUGCGGGAGACACACCCGAAAAAGAAGAGGAGGAUCAACCAUCGCCGGCAAGGUCACCUGAGGGGUCCAGCGACAUAGUGAAGCUUUUAAAUGACCGAUUAAAAAUGUACGAAGAAGCAGAAAAAAACGCUAAAGCUGCCGGUGAAUCAAGCAGGGCAAGACGAUUUGGCAGAGGCUUGAAAACCCUCAAGGACUUAAUAAAACAAGCGAACGCCGGCCGACCCAUUAACAACGACGACAUUCCUCCCGAAGUUAGCACUGGAGUGAAAAAACCCCCAGCCACCGACGACACAACCGAUUCGCCGCCGCAGCCCUCAAGGGCUGCUCCUCCAGUUCCUGUACAAUCUGACCCCGAACCUGAACCAGAACCCGAAAAAACCCCUGAAGAAACACCCCAAGUAGACCCCCAACUAAUCCACUUGCUUACGGAACGAAAAAAUCAAUACAAAAUUGCCGCCCUCAAAGCCAAAAAAUCAGGCGAUAACGCCACUGCCAUUAGUUACAUAAAAAUAGCCAAACAGUUUGAAACGGUCAUCGCAGCGGCCCAAAGCGGCCAACCAGUCGACUUAUCUCGCAUGCCAGGACCGCCCCAAGAGCCGGUCGAAAAAGUCGAAGAAAAUAAAACCCAGAAUGAUAGCGUUCCUCAGAGUGACGAACCCGAGGCUGACGAAACGCUGAUAACAGCUUCGUCAGUUGAGGAAGCUUUAGAACAACGACUGGCCGUGUAUAAGAAACAAGAAGAGUCGGCCAAGGAACAAGGCAAUGCGAGUAAAGCCAGACGAAUGGGUCGGAUUGUGAAACAGUAUGAGCAAGCCAUCAAGGCGCAUAAAGCGGGGAAGCCGAUUCCUGUUGACGAGUUACCGACUCCUCCAGGCUAUGCCCCGAUUCCGGUUCCGGGAAGUGAAGCUCCGAAACCUACACCCGCUGCACCGGAGCAACCGCCCAGACCUAAAACAUCUCCAAAAACACAGCCCUCCACUUCACAAUCGACGAGAAUUUCAGGAAAUCAUGUUCCAAAUUCACGAGCCGACAAGCAAUUGGUUCUUCUUCUCGCAAAACAGAAACAGUUCAAAGAAGCGGCGCUUGCCGCCAAACGAAAGGGCGAAAUAGAUCAAGCCAAGGAGUACCUAAGAACUGCGAAAGGUUUUGACCCCCUUAUUGAUGCAGCGAGCUGUGGUCUUCCGGUGGAUUUAUCCACUUUGCCGGUAUCGCCCUCUGCCAAGUCACAAUUAGACAACGAAUACGAAAUGGUGAUGGCUGACGAGUGUAGCGAAGAUGAUAACUCCAACACGGACGUCAUUGCGAGACUUGAAAACCAAUUAACUAAACAGUUGAAAAUGUGUCUGAGUACCCGUGACCACCAUAAAGCCCUUGGUGAUGUCGCUGGGACAAAUCGUUUUGAAAGAUUGGCCUUAAACGUUACGAAAGAUUUGGAUAUUGUGAGAUUAGCACGGAGGACUCCAGGUGCGGGGGUUCCGAAAUUCCAUUACGAGAAUAGAGAUUUUUCAAUCGUGAAAAGUUUCACGGAAUUGGGCGAAAACGAUCUAGAAUUAACCAUUGUUAGAGGGAUAAGCUACACUUGCAGUAAUCCGAAAGAGAUUGAUACGUAUGUUAAGUUUGAUUUUCCAUAUCCUCAGGAUGAACCGUUUAGUCAAAGAACAGCCACUGUCAAAGACACAAACAGUCCGGAAUACAACGCCACUUACACAAUACCCAUACAAAGAAAUGCAAGAGUCUGCCAGAGGGUGUUCAAAAGGCAGUCUGUCAAGUUUGAGGUUUACUCUAAGGGCUGCUGGUGCGCUAGCGACUUUGCUUGUUGUUUCAGCGGUUUCUUUCGUGGAGAUACGUUAAUUGGUACUGCCACAGUCAAAUUACAACCACUGGAAACUCAGUGUGAAUUGCACGAUAGUUUUGAUUUGUUGGAAGGAAGGAAAAAAAUUGGAGGCAAACUAGAAGUCAGAAUGAGGCUUCGACAUCCCAUCGUUAAUCAGCAAGUCGAGCAAUUGCAUGAAAAGUGGCUUGUUAUUGAUAAUGUUUAAAGAUUAAUUACCUUCGUGUUGAAAAAAGUGGAAUAUAUUUUAUUAUAACGUACGUAGCUUUAAGCUAGCCUUAUAAUGGUGAUGCAAUUUGUGUAUUUAAUAACCACUGUAUUUUUGUGAUUUUUUAUUAUGUACUCCAUAAACUAGAUAUAUCUUUAAAAUUGAUUUUUAUUUUAAUAAUGUUUUUGUUUUCAUUAGGUUUUUUUGCUCAAUGUGCAUCAACACUUAAGGCCCCAGUCGUGCUUCUUUAGAUACAUAUAUUUUUAGUCUGUAUAAUAAACACAGAAAUAAAGUUGUUGAAUUUUCAA